ACAACCCUCAAUUUGUCUCUUUAUUUCAAAUCCUCUAAUUCCCAUUUCCCUUUUUUCCUUUUUCCCAUUUCAUUUCUUUCUGACACACACACACACACACACACAAAAGUAGAAGAUAUAUCAAGAAGAAGAAGAAGAAGAAAUUAGGCAGCAGUUGUGAAAUGAUGGGAAGGCCACCUUGUUGUGACAAAAUUGGUGUAAAGAAAGGGCCCUGGACUCCCGAAGAAGAUAUCAUCUUAGUUUCUUACAUUCAAGAACAUGGCCCUGGCAAUUGGAGAUCCGUUCCAACUAACACUGGUUUGCUAAGAUGUAGCAAGAGUUGUAGAUUGAGAUGGACUAAUUACCUCCGUCCAGGUAUCAAGCGUGGCAAUUUCACUGAUCAUGAAGAGAAAAUGAUAAUCCACCUCCAAGCUCUCCUAGGCAAUAGAUGGGCAGCUAUAGCAUCGUACCUUCCGCAGAGAACGGAUAACGAUAUAAAGAACUAUUGGAACACUCACUUGAAAAAGAAGUUGAGAAAGAUGCAAUCUUCUGGAGGAUGUGAGAGUGGUGUUGGGCAAUCACAAAGUAAUACACUUUCAAAAGGCCAGUGGGAACGAAGGCUUCAAACAGAUAUUCACACAGCUAAAAGAGCUCUUUGUGAAGCCCUUUCCCUUGAUAAAAAGCCUAAUCUUGAAGAUUAUAACAAUAAUCUCAUGAUCUUCCAAGCACAACCAGCUCCACCACAACCACCACCACCACCACCAACUACUACUACUACUUAUGCAUCAAGUGCUGAAAAUAUUGCAAGAUUGCUUGAGAGUUGGAUGAAGAAAUCACCAACAAAAUCAUCAGAAAUUACAACAACAACAACAACACAAGUUUGUAUAAGUGAAGGAUCACAAAUUAGUGCAACCAAUAAUUACAACAAUAACUCACCAGAUCAUCAACACCCCAACAGCAAUAAUUUGGAUGGCUUCUUCAAUAAUAAUUAUUCUUCAAAUUCAUCAGCAAAUCAAGAAGAAGCUGUUCCUCUUACUUUUCUAGAGAAGUGGUUGUUUGAUGAUGCAGCUUUGGCUAGUGUUCAUGAUAAUGAUGAUCAUGACUUAAUUAGUGUUUCAUUAGAAGAAGCUCAAAGUGAAGGUCUGUUUUAAUUAAUUUUGGUUUAAUUUUAGCAAAAUGUCAUUAAGGAGUACUUUGCGUGUGUGUGUGUGUGUCUUAAGAGCUUCUACUUCUAUCGUGUGUACAUGACCACCACACCAAAAACCCAACAAACAAAAGUGUAAAUUAACAUAGUUAAGAAAAAAAAAUAUAUAUAAAUAUGUAUAUAUAUUUCACAUAUACAUAAAUUAUGUGCUAUAUAUAUAUAUAUCUAUAUCUAUAUGUAUACGUGGGAAUAAAAAUCUUAUAUUAUUUUC